AUGACCACCACCCGCUGCCAUAGACCACCAAUGGCCAUCACCGCCGACACCCUCCGCCAUCGAACACCAGUGCCACCGCCACCACCACCUCCACUACUAACCAUCGUCACCCACCGUCGCCGCCACCACUUGCCACCCUCCACCACCGACCACCGUCGCCGCCGUCAACCAUCGCCACCGCCACAACCACCACCCAUCGCCACCGACCACAUCCUUUGUCGCCCCCACCUGCCACUGCCGACCGCCGCCACUGAACACCGGCGCCACCGCCGACCACCCGCCACCACCACUAAGCACUGCCACCCAUCGUCGUUGCCGCCAUCACCACCCGCUGCCACCCUCCACCACCGCCACCACCGACCAUCGUGCUGCCGUCAUCCGCCGCCCUCCAUCAUUGCCACUGCCACUGACCACCACCUAUCACCGCCGUCACCCGCCACCGCCGCCACCACCAAACACCGUUGCCGCCACCACCGAAAGCUGCCACCACCAUCACCGACCGCCACCAUCGGCCCCCACCCCCACUACCGCCACCCAUCGCCGAUUUGA